AUGUCAUCGGAAAGCUACUACAUCGGCAUCGACGUUGGCACAGGUUCAGCCCGUGCCAUACUCGUCAGAAAGGACGGAUCAAUAGUCGCGUCUUCCACUCAGGACACCAUCACUUGGCGCAAUCCAGAGGAUCAUCGUAUCUUUGAGCAAUCGACAACCGAUACCUGGGAUAAGAUCGCAAUUGCUAUUAAACUGUGUCUAUCUGAGGCCCGACUGCCGUCGUCUGCGGUCAAAGGGCUGGGCUUUGACGCUACAUGCUCUCUGGCAGUAACCAACUUUGACGGGGAGCCUGUCACGGUGACCAAGGGAGAUGAUCUUGGGAAGAAGGGGGGACGAAAUGUCAUUCUAUGGGCUGACCACAGGGCAGAGAAGGAAGCGGACCUCGUCAAUGGCACAGGUUCAGUGGUGCUUGACUAUGUCGGCGGUACAAUGAGCUUAGAAAUGGAAAUUCCCAAGGUUCUCUGGCUAAAAAAUAGCAUGGAUCCGACCCUCUUUUCUCAAUGCCAGUUUUUCGAUCUUCCCGACUUCCUCACCUACCGAGCUACAAAAGACAGCACGCGCUCGUGUUGUUCCGUCACUUGCAAAUGUAGCUUCGUUCCAAAAAGCGGUUGGGAGCCGUCCUUUUUCCAGAAAAUCGGACUCGAGGAACUCAUCAAGAGGGAGUGCAAGCAGAUUGGAGCAAACCAGGGGGAGGUGCUGAUUGCUGGAAUUCCUGUUGGAAAAGGGUUAUCGAAGAGAGCUGCAGAUGAGCUUGGACUGGUGGAGGGCACCCCGGUGGGUAGUGGGUUGAUUGACGCAUAUUCAGGGUGGUUGGGCACCGUGGCUGCUAGAUAUAGCGAAAACGGAGUACCAUCUGAGGUUCUUCCAUCUCUCCACGAAUCUCAACAUCGUCUAGCGGCUGUUGCAGGAACAAGUACUUGUCAUAUCGUGCAGAGUCCUGAAGGCAUCUUCGUUGACGGGGUAUGGGGGCCCUUUAAGGAUCCCGUCUUUCGUGGUUGGUGGAUGAGCGAGGGAGGACAAUCCUCUACUGGCCAGUUAAUCGACUUCAUGUUGACAACGCACUCCUUCUAUCCGAAACUGGUGGAACUUGGAAAAGAACAACAGAAGAACAUACAUACAGUCCUCCAAGAGACUCUUGAAAAGCUGAGAGUAGAAAAUGGGGCCGAAACACUCACUGAACUAACAAAAGAUUUACACUUAUACCCCGAUUUCCAUGGAAAUAGAUCACCCAUCGCUGACCCACGCAUGCGUGGCUCCAUAGCAGGGCUGGAACUUGACUCAGGGCUACACGACCUCGCCAAAAAAUACCACGCAACACUCCUCUCCAUCGCGCUUCAAACACGGCACAUCAUCGACUCCAUGAACGCCAAAGGGCACCAGAUCACCUCAAUCUACAUGAGCGGCGGGCAAGCCAAAAACCUCUUCUUGAUGCAGCUCUUCGCCAACACGUGCAAAAUGCCGGUGGUGCUCCCCCGUGACGCGGGGAGCGCGGUGGUCCUCGGCGCUGCGAUGCUCGGCCGGUUCGCAGCGGAGGUAGAGGGGGCGCAAGCGGAAAAACGGAAAGAAAUGGAGGGCAGCGGACACGCGGAGGCCUUGUGGGAUAUCAUGGUUGAAAUGACGCCUCCUGGGACGCUGGUUUCUCCGAAUGCAACGACGAGGGAGAUGAAGCUUCUCGAGGCGAAAUAUAAGAUUUUCCUGGAAAGCAUUGACGUUCAGAAACGAUGGCGAAAGGAGAUGGAAGACGCGUGCACAUAG